UUAAAUGAUGCAUAUAUACCCAAACAUCAAAGGUGCAUUUUCUACAAGUCUUUGGUUUUUGCUGACAGCAUUUCCUGCAAGUCAUUUUACUAUAUAUAUACACAUACAAGCUCAAUCAAUAUACAGUGUGCGAUCCGCUAGGUGAUUCGAUAUGGCAGAGGAGAAGAUUAUUAGGGUUGUGAUCAUCAAAAGAGAAACCAUAAAACCAUCCUCUCCAACUCCUGCUCACCUCAAAACCUUCAAACUUUCAACCUUGGAUCAGCUUGCGCCACCAGUUUACGUACCAAUGCUUUUCUUUUACCCCAACAACCAGGCUACUUCUUCCGACCAAAGAUCACACAACCUGAAGAAAUCUCUGUCCGAAUCCUUAGCUCGCUUCUACCCAAUCGCCGGAACAAUCCUGAACAAUUCUACCAUUGACUGCAACGACGAAGGAGCUCAAUACAUAGAAGCUCGAUACAAUGGACUUCUCUCAACCUUUCUAGAGCAACCCACCGAUAUCUCCGUCGUCCAAGAGUUCGUCCCCGCAGCGAUCGAAUCGCCACUACAAGCAACCACAUGGCCUCUACUGCUAGCCCAGGCUACUCUCUUCGACUGCGGUGGCCUGGCCCUCGGCCUCUCCGUUUCCCAUAAGUUUGCCGACGCAACCACAAUCGGUAUAUUCAUGAAGAGUUGGGCUGCAACUUGCGCCGGUUCGGAUAAUAAGGCAGUCGUAGAUGCUGUGCUUGACGGAACUUCCUCCUUCUUCCCCCAGAUUGAUCUCUCUGGAUUCCAGCCUCCCCCGGUGGAGAUCAAGAAGGUGGAAUCCGUCACAAAGCGAUAUGUGUUUGAUAAGCCAAAGAUCGAGAAUUUAAAGGCCCAAAUCACAGUCGCCGUUGAUGAUGAUAGCCAAAUUCAUAAUCGGCAACCGAGUCGUGUGGAAGUUGUCACGGCCAUCAUCUGGAAAUGUGUGGUGGCUGCUUCGCGAGCGAACUCGGGACCUCCAAAGUUUGCGUUGGCGCGUUCUAUGAACAUUCGCAGAAGAGCUGAGCCGCCGUUGCCCGAAAACUUGGUUGGAAAUUUUGUAGCGAUUAUUGCAUCGCGGAUUGAUGAGCAUGAACCGGAAUUACAAGAUCUAGCGAGUGAAUUGAGGAGAGGACUAAGAGAUUUCGGUGAGAAAAGAGCCAAAGGACUUAGAGGAGAUGCCGCAUUAGAAGUGAUUUUCCAUGGUUUGAAAGAGUUCUCAGAAUUUACAGGCAAAGACGAUACGGAGGGAUUGUUCGUCACCAGUAUGUGUAAUUUUCAGUUAUACGAGACGGUUGAGUUUGGCUGGGGAAAGCCAAUCUGGGUGACUAUUCCUUUUGUCACUGGACACAAUAAUGUGGUCACGUUGACCGAUUCAAGAGACGGCGGAGUUGAAGCUUGGGUGACUUUGAGCAAACAAGACAUGGCUUCAUUUGAGCGUGACCCUGAAAUUCUCCAAUUUUCUCACUAAUAAUAUUGAUGAUCAUAAAGCUCUUCUGUUUAUUGAUAUUUUAUUUUAUUUUGUUUCGGUUGUCUUGUUUUGAUUUAUUUUCGGUAAUCAAAUGUUGUUCCCUAUAAUUUUCUUUCUUAUAAUAAAGAUAUAUUCUUAAAA